UCGAUUAGCCGGCCUCCUGACUGAUCAAAUCUGCUCCAUGUUCGACUGCUUCUGUCUGAUUUUCACAGCAGCUGCGUGGAUCCGCUCUGCGCGUGCAUUUAGCAUUUAGCCUCAGAAUUACUCUUCAAACUGUCCUACUGUAGUUUAGUUUGUUAUUUUCUGGUAAACUGUUUAAUAAAAUGGCGAACGACUCCGUGAAACUCUCCAAAAACCUCCUGCGCAUGAAGUUCAUGCAGAGAGGUCUGGAUGCUGAGACGAAGAAGCAACUGGAGGAAGAUGAGAAGAGGAUCAUCAGUGAUGAACAUUGGUAUCUGGACCUGCCAGAGUUUAAAGCUAAAGAGAACUUGAUCAUCGAGGAGAAGAGUUUUGUUCCCUGUGAAGAUCUGAAGUACGGUCGUAUCUCCUUCAAGGGUUUUAAUCCUGAAGUGGAGAAGCUGAUGCUUCUGAUGAAUCCCAAAGAAGAAGAAGAAGAGGAAGAAGAGGAGGUGAGCCGGAUGCAGACGGACGUCACCGAUGAAGAGAUGGCUCUCAGAUACGAGAGUUUAGUGGAAAGCAUGAAGAAGAAGUUUGCAAAGAAGCGUGAGAGAGCGGCGGUGUCGGCAGACGUCAACAGCAACGUGGUGGAAAGCGACACAAAGAGAGUUUUUCUGAAACCUCAGGACUGAACCCGGCGUGGGACGGACUUUAUUUUUAUUUUUAUGACUCAGAAUAAUGUUCGCAGAACCUCCAGAGGAACUCAGCGAGCAGCAUGUUUGGAUGUUGUACAUCUGGUUUUUAAAGAAGCGUGAUGAACAUGUGAUGUUUUACAGUCUGCAUGAUUCAUUAAAUGCAGAGUUCAGCUAU